UCUUUGGUUACUUGAUUAAGUUGACUUUUGGUUGACUUCAUUCAUAGAGCAAUUAAUGUAAUAAAAUAAUAUGACUUCAUUAAUAAAGGAACUCUUUGAUUGAAGAAAACGUAGUGUAGUCUGUAGUACUCAUAGACCAAGUAAUGUAAUAUAGGGUAGUACUCUUCGGUAGCUUUCAUAAAAAGAGUAAAAUAAUUUGCUUAUGUUGAUCACUUGAUCAUUUAUCUUUUGUGAAUUACUUGUGAUAGUCUGAUAGGCUAGCUGAUAAGAUAAUAAAUGAAGAGUAAAUAGUCAAUAGCUAAAUAUGUGAAGUAAAUAAUUCAGUCGUCAUUUUAACAACAUUUAUUAAAAAUGUUAUCGUGCUGUUAUUGCUCCAAAGAAUUUAAAUAUGAAAGUGAAAAGAAAAGACACGAACAGAGUCAUUAUUCUCUGUUCGAAUGCGAUAAAUGCUCUAAGAAGUUUAGUUUUAUAUCUGCUUUAAGAAGGCACAAGAAACAGCAUGAAAGAACAGGAAGUGUUCAGUGCACUGAUUGUGGACGUAGCUUUCGUGAUGAUGAUCUUCUUCAGCGUCAUAUAAAAUAUGCACACAAUGGAACAAAUAAAUGUUUUAAAUGUAGUGCCAGUUUCAAUAGUGAUUUGGCUUUAAAGUCGCACAUGAAAACCCAUAAACCAAACGCUGAAAGGAGAUUCCAUUGCAGCUAUGAGGAUUGUAAAAAAUCUUUCAACUUCCCACAUCAUCUCAAACACCAUGAGCUGACUCACACUAAUGCAAAACAGCAUUAUUGUAAAAUAUGUGGAAAAGGUUUUAUUCAAUUUCAUCAUUUCAAGUCACACUUAAAAACCCAUGAACCAGAUCAUUGGCUGCAUUGCACUGUACCGGGGUGUGGAAAGAAAUUUGUUACAGAGUAUGCAAGGAAAAAACAUCUUACGACACAUAAAACUACAAUUGAUAGUGGUAUAUCCUCAGAUUCAAACUGUGAUAAUUCUCAAGAUGCUUUGAAAGACGAAAAUGUUACUUGUGCUACAUGUGGACAAAUUAUUUCUACAGCAUUAUACAAAAACCAUUUGAAAGAGUGUACAUUGCUUUUGCAGCAGUCAGAGAAUUCUGUCAAACUAAGCGAUGAGAUAGAAUUCAACAAUAAUUUGAAUAACAUCGAAGUUUUCAGCGAUUGCAGGAAAGUUUUAGGGAAAUGUAUUGCCAAUGAGAAUUCACCGAAUAGUUGUUUGUGUGCUCAAAUCGUAGAGGCUAACAAUUUUUAUAAUUCCAUACUCACAAAUAAUAGUUUUGAUCCCGAUCCAGAAAAAAAUGAAGACAAAUUAACUGUUAAAAUGAAUGUUGUAGAAGAAAAUUCUAUGAAUAACGAAUGCGAGGGUUGUGAAUGUGCUUCUAUAAGAAAUAAUCACCAAAGUAUAAACAUUAAGGAACUACAGAAUACUUCCACUGACUGUAAUAUACCAAAAUUGGAAAUCAGAAAAGAUGGUAUUAUAAAAUUAGAAGAAACGUUUGACUUAAGUAUCAAUAUUGAAAAUGAUAUAAUUAAUAGGAAUAAUAAAUAUAAAAAUAUUAAUGAUGAAAUUAUGAAUAUCAAUAAUAAUAUACCCUACAAUAGCUGUAAAGCUGUUUUAGGUAAGUGUAUAGUAAGCGGCAGUGGUACUAUAAGUGAGAAUUGUUUGUGUGCUAAGAUGGCCAUAGAUGAUCAAAUAAUGGACCAAGAAAUUGACGAGAUAACCCCUAGACCAGCAUUGUAGUUGUGAUAAUGUUUACUGUGAUUCUGAUAUUUUUUUUAGUAUUUAUUUUACAGAAAAUAUAUUAAGAUGUACUGAUA